GUGCCACUUAUCACAUUGGUAUGUUGGCUCAUGGGUUCCAGGCAUCGAAUAAGGACUGUUAAGGAUUAUCCCUGGAGGCCAAGAGAUGUUUCAUGGAUAGAAAAAGUUGCUGUGAAUCAGGAAGAGUACUGUUUAUUCUCCCUAAUGCUUGAAUAACGAGGAGCCAGCGGAAGGAGCAGUUGAACUCAGACACGUCUGCUCAGACACACAAUAAACUUGUGUUGCUUCUGGCACCUCUGCAUACUAAACCGAGGGCUAUACGUAUCAUUGAAUAAACUUGACACAGCAUAGCGUCACAAUUGAAGUGGAGGCUUGUUGAGAGGUGAAACAGGAGGUGUAAAUAUUAACUUCAGCACUCACUACCUAACCAAACUAGCAGAGCUAUGGAGUUUCGCCAUGGCUGCAGGCUGGUCCUUUUCAAAAGGUAAAGAAAAAUGUAUUUCUUUUGUGCUUGUGUUGUUCAAAUGUUGCACUGUUGUAGCUGUAAUUCCCCCGGUGAGCUUGAAUGCUCACUCCAGCUUGUUUGACUGGUGACUAAGUGAUAAAGAGAUCCCCUCUUUUGCUUCUGUCUUCGUUUGAAAUAAAACAGUGGAUUUUGUAAACUAGAGAACGGGAUAUUUUGAUUUGUGUCCUGCUUUAUGUGUAGCUGCAUGCUGCUCUUGUAUCAUUUACUCCCAUUGAUUUUAAAUUGUGUUGCAUCGUUACUAUUGGGAAGCAUUGGGAUUCUCAUCCAUCGCCAAUGAGGAAGAACAGUAACCUUUGGGCUCACAUUGGGCAGCAGGGAGGUGGUUAAUGCUUCUACUGUAUCUCUUCCUGAUGUUUUAUAGUACAUAUGUGUUUCCUUUCAAUGCUCCACUUAUUGUAUUUGUUUAUUGCAAUGUUGCUGCUACAUACUAUCAAGAUGUCUGGGGUGUCUUCCCAGGUCGCCAUGUUAAAAAAUAUCAGUUUAUUAAGCAGGAACCCAUUUUCAAUUAGCAGUUUACUACACUCUGAUGUUUAUUGAAAAGCUGCAGCCUUCUCUUUGACUAAUUACAUUUCCCAAGUAAGCCCUUGCAGCCUUGCUGGGGAGAUUAGCUUUGACUCAUUUGUAAAUGUGAUAAGAUAGUGGUUGGAGCAAUUAAGAAAGCAUCAUAUAAGCUGGGAUUGGUUGUCUAUAUAGUGAGCGACGAGUGCAGAGCUGAGGCUUCUUCACAGAAUGGGCCAAGCUGCUUCUCUCCCCUGUACUGGAGGAAAGUGCUACGUUACACAGCUGUACGAGUGGUUCAGAAAAUUUAUUAAUGAAUGUCCAAGUGGACUGAUCACUCUUCAUGAAUUUCAACGGCAUUUCUGCAAUGGAACGGUGGGCAGUGAAUCUGCAGCGUAUGCAGAACAGAUAUUCCGCACACUGGACAAUAAUGGGGAUGGGGUGGUUGAUUUCCGAGAGUACGUGAUGGCCAUCAGCAUGCUCAUUGAAGGUUCAGCUGUGGAGAAACUGCGCUGGUCGUUCAAGCUCUAUGACAAAGACCGCGAUGGAGCCAUUACGAAGGAGGAAAUGCUGGAGAUAAUGCAGGCGGUUUAUAAGAUGAGCGUAGCCGGGGCAUUAACCACACCCAACCCACUCACAGCUGAAGAAUGCACCGACAGGAUAUUUGUGAGAUUAGAUAAAGACAAUAAUGCCAUCAUCAGUGUGGAGGAGUUUAUAGAGGGAGCGCUGAGCGACGACUGGAUCAGAGAGAUGCUGGAAUGUGACCCCAGAACAGUGAAAGUGGAGAGGCCUCCAAGGAGGGACACUGCUUUAGGGGCCCAUGGUUGACCUGAUUCGUGCUGUUCACUCACUCAUUAACCUGUACAAGGCAGAACUGAAAUACCUAGAAUUCACUGCAAGCUCUGUCACUAUGUCUUGUAAAGUUAAAGGUUGACAGUGAUGACUAACAAAAUACACAUACAGUAAUUUAGUAUGAGUAGCACUAAUGGCUGCUUUUCUCUUUGAAUAAAUUUGU